ACAAGAGCGGAGAGGCCUGAAUAAUGAACGUGUAGACGGGUAACUAUUACCUUCAGUAUAUUUCGGAAUUUAACGCAUCAUCGGCAAUACCGGCUUUUUUGGACUAUACACAUUUGUUAUUUUUUGUAAGAAAUAAACAGACACAAGACGAAGUUUUAGAAUGAAGUUAACUGGAAUAUUUUUGCUACUGAUGUUAUCGAGCUGCGAAAGCGCAAGAGUCGCAGAAAGUAGAGAUGACAAUAGUGUUUAUGACCUUUUUGAGCUUGUCCGAGUCCCAAGGAAAAACCAUGGGGUCACUUUGGUGAAAGGGGACGACCCCUAUAGUCCCGCCUACAAAAUCCUGAAUCCAGACCUGAUCCCCCCGGUUCCCGAGAACGCCUUUAGGGACCUCAUCGAUUCCAUUCAGGCAGAGAGGGGAUUUAUACUCUUGGUCAAUUUCAAACAGUUCAGACGCACCAGGGGCAGUCUUUUGACUGUGGAGAAGCAGGACGGCUCCGGACCCAUAUUCGAAAUUGUUUCCAACGGGAAGGCAAAUACUCUGGACAUAGUUUACUCCACCGCAAACAAGCAACAGGUUGUGUCAAUUGAAGAUGCAGAUUUGGCGACAGGUCAGUGGAAGAACAUCACUCUUCUCGUACAAGAAGACAGAGUUCAUUUCUAUGUUGGAUGUGAGGAGGUCAAUACUGCGGAGCUGGAUGUGUCUAUCCAGAAUAUCAUGACACAUGACACCCCAGGAGUGGCGAAUUUGAGACUCGGGAAGGGAGCAGUUACUGACAGAUUCAUGGGUGUCCUACAAAACGUGCGGUUUGUUUUUGGGACCACGCUGGAUGCAAUUUUGCGUAAUAAAGGAUGUCAAAACUCAAUUACGAUUGAUAUAAUCACCCUGGAUAAUCCUAUCAAUGGAUCCAGCCCAGCCAUCAGGACUGAUUACACUGGCCACAAAACAAAAGCAGAUCUGCAAAUGAUUUGUGGAUUUUCCUGUGAGGACCUACUUAGCAUGUUCAAGGAGCUAAAGGGCCUUGGUGUGGUGGUGCAGGAGCUGUCCAAUGAGCUCCGCAAAGUGACAGAUGAGAACAAUAUGCUCAUGAAGCGCAUGGGAAUCCAUGCUGGUGUCUGCCUCCACAAUGGCAUUGUGCAUAAGAACAAGGAGGAGUGGACAGUGGACGACUGCACUGAGUGCACUUGCCAAAACUCAGCGACAGUGUGCCGUAAGAUCUCCUGCCCUCUGAUUCCCUGUGCCAAUGCAACUGUGCCCGAUGGUGAAUGCUGUCCCCGGUGUGGAACUCCAAGUGACUAUGCUGAGGAUGGCUGGUCCCCCUGGUCUGAAUGGACCCAUUGUUCUGUGUCCUGUGGAAGGGGCAUUCAACAGCGUGGCCGCUCUUGCGACCGCAUCAAUAACAACUGCGAGGGCACGUCCGUGCAAACCAGAGACUGCUACCUCCAGGAAUGCGACAAGCGCUUUAAGCAGGAUGGGAACUGGAGCCACUGGUCACCGUGGUCUUCUUGCUCAGUCACCUGUGGAUCUGGUGUCAUUACACGCAUUCGUCUGUGUAACUCUCCCACACCCCAGCUGGGAGGAAAAGACUGUCAAGGCAAAGGCAGGCAGACUGAGAAAUGUGAGAAGUCAUCAUGUGCAAUUGAUGGCGGUUGGGGACCAUGGUCACUCUGGGAUGCCUGCUCAGCCACCUGUGGAGGAGGUGUCCAGAGCCGCAAACGCCUUUGCAAUGACCCACCACCCAAGUAUGGGGGAAAGGACUGUGUGGGUGAUGCCAAGGGAACUCAGCUCUGCAACAAGCAGGCCUGUCCUAUUGAUGGAUGUCUGUCCAAUCCCUGCUUUGCUGGGGCUCAGUGCAGAAGUUUUCCAGAUGGUUCUUGGAAGUGUGGAAAAUGCCCAUCAGGUUACACAGGCAAUGGCAUCAACUGUAAGGACAUUGAUGAGUGCAAAGAGGUGCCUGAUACUUGCUUCGGAUUCAAUGGAGUCCAUAGGUGUGAAAAUACAGCACCUGGCUACAACUGUCUGCCAUGCCCUCCCCGCUACACUGGAUCUCAGCCAUUUGGCAGAGGAGUAGAGGAAGCUGCUGCAAAGAAACAGGUGUGCACACCCCGCAACCCCUGCCUUGAUGGAAGCCAUGACUGCAAUAAGAAUGCCCGUUGCAAUUACCUGGGACAUUUCUCAGAUCCCAUGUACCGCUGCGAGUGCAAACCUGGCUAUGCUGGGAAUGGGUAUAUUUGUGGAGAGGACACUGAUCUGGAUGGCUGGCCUAAUGCUGACCUUGUAUGUGUGGAGAAUGCCACAUAUCACUGCAAGAAGGACAACUGCCCAAACCUUCCAAACUCAGGUCAAGAGGACUAUGACAAGGAUGGAAUUGGUGAUGCUUGUGAUGAUGAUGAUGAUAAUGAUGGCAUCCCUGAUGAUAGGGACAACUGCCCAUUCAUCUUCAAUCCCAGACAGUAUGACUAUGACCGAGAUGAAGUUGGAGACCGUUGUGACAACUGCCCAUACAACAGCAACCCUGACCAGACAGACACUGAUAAUAAUGGUGAAGGAGAUGCCUGUGCUGUAGACAUUGAUGGAGAUGGCAUUCUGAAUGAGAAGGACAACUGUCCCUAUCUGUACAAUGUGGAUCAAAAAGAUACUGAUCUGGAUGGGGUUGGUGACCAGUGUGAUAACUGCCCUCUGGAGCAUAAUCCUGACCAGCUCGACACAGACUCUGACCGAGUGGGAGAUAAAUGUGACAGCAACCAGGACAUCGAUGAAGACGGACAUCAAAACAACUUGGACAACUGCCCUUACAUUCCCAAUGCCAACCAGGCUGACCAUGACAAGGAUGGCAAAGGAGAUGCUUGUGAUUAUGAUGAUGACAAUGAUGGCAUCCCUGAUGAUAAAGACAACUGCAGACUUGCUCAUAACCCAGAUCAGUUAGACUCUGAUGGUGAUGGACGUGGCGAUGCUUGUAAAGAUGACUUUGACCAGGAUAAUGUUCCAGACAUCUAUGAUGUAUGCCCAGAGAACUUUGACAUCAGUGAAACCGACUUUCGCAAGUUCCAGAUGGUGCCUCUUGACCCCAAGGGCACUUCUCAGAUUGAUCCUAACUGGGUGGUGCGUCAUCAGGGGAAAGAGCUGGUUCAGACAGUUAACUGUGAUCCUGGCAUUGCUGUUGGUUUUGAUGAGUUCAAUGCAGUAGACUUCAGUGGAACCUUCUUCAUCAACACAGAGAGAGAUGAUGACUAUGCUGGAUUUGUGUUUGGUUACCAAUCUAGCUCCCGCUUCUAUGUGGUGAUGUGGAAGCAGAUUACUCAGACCUAUUGGUCCAGCAAGCCCACCAAGGCACAGGGCUACUCAGGGCUCUCAAUCAAAGUGGUCAAUUCUACCACUGGACCAGGGGAACACCUAAGGAAUGCCCUUUGGCACACGGGGAAUACGCCAGGACAGGUUCGCACUCUGUGGCAUGACCCCAAGAAUGUUGGCUGGAAGGACUUCACUGCUUAUAGAUGGCACCUAACUCACAGGCCAAGAACAGGACACAUAAGAGUUGUUAUGUACGAAGGAAAGAAGAUUAUGGCAGAUUCUGGAAGAAUCUAUGACAAAACAUAUGCAGGUGGACGACUAGGUCUCUUUGUCUUUUCACAAGAGAUGGUAUACUUCUCAGACCUCAAAUAUGAAUGCAGAGAUGCAUAGUUGCACAGGCACAAGACUCUUGGAAGAACGCACCUUUUUGUAUAAAUAAGAAUAUGUAUUUUGUUUGAAAGUCCAGGGACAGAUUUUCCGCUACAUUUUAUGCACUCUGGUGGGGCAGAAAAAGCAUGUGGUCAGUUUCAAGGUAGCUGAUUCUGCUUUGGACAAAGCCCAGCUGACUGCCCAUGGAGAAUCAGGACCCCUCCACUAAGAGCAGGUAGAGCAGAAAAAAAAGAAACACACCGCUUUGCUUGAUUGGAAUGGGCAAUCUUUCUCGGAAAAACCUCAUUCAGAUCUGUGUGGGAAGGGCUCCCUGCAGACAACUGUGCACUUCAGAACCUCUCUCUUUCUCUCUCUCUCUCUCUCUCUCUCUCUCGCUUGCUCACUCACUCUCGCUGCAUUCCUUUUGCUCCUUGAAUGGAUGCCCAAAGAAGGGACCAAUUCUAAGACUUUAAUGCUCUAAAAGACUAAAUCUCCCACCAGACUAAUUUUAUAUCUUUCGAAAAUGUCAAAUUUCUUUACUUUAAACAGGAUAAUGAUGCUUUACAAUGAGACAGAUUACCAACUGGUGAGUUUUAGUGAUACCAACAGUUUACCAACAGUGUUUCAAGUGGGUCAAAACAUGUUUGAAAUUAUAAACCCAAGACAAUGUACUUGCAAAUGAAGUUGAACCAAAUAAUUUCACAUUUCUUAGCAAUACAUCAAUGUACAUUUUUAGGGCAUUCCCAUUCAUUUGUGAUGACAUGUAAACAACAAGUUAAGUUAGUAGGCAUAGUUUUCUCAGGGUGAGAUGGAAUAUUCCAUCUUAACAAAACAUUUCGGAUGACAUAGUGGAAGGCUAGAUUGAAGAGAGCUUGGACAGAGCCAGGCUCAGAAGUCAACAUGAGAUGUUAGGUUUUCCAUUUUCCUAGUUCUUAUAAAUUUGUACUGCUUGUUCUAAACAUACAAAAAUAAUGAAAUAUGAGAUGUCUCUGAGAGCUCAAGAUGAAGACCUCUUUCCAAAAGGCUGAUUUGUUUAAUAAAAGCACUUAGACAAAAUACCAGUUGAAACUGGAAUGAUUGGACCAUUGAUACUUUGUGAAUUCUAUUUUUAUUCACUGAUUGAUUAAUGGGUAGAAGUGAUGGUUGUUUUGGAGAUAACCUUAUUACAAUAAACUAUAUGAUCAA